AUGCUGCGGCACCUCUCCGUCGUGUUGCUGCUCUUCCUGUCCCUGGCAGAGAACCACGGCCCCGCCUCCACCUCGGGGCCUGACACACCACCCGCCGCCAGCACCACACACGCAGCUGCUCCCAUCACGGCAGCCACGCUGGGCCCGGCCACGUCCAGUGGGGCCAGGCCGCCCACCACCACCCCGUCAGCCCACACGCCUGUCUCCAGUGCUUCAACUCCCGGCCACACCACCGGGACACACACGCAAUCCAGCCGUGGCACGGCCCUGCCGGCCACUGUAUUCACAUCCCCACACACCGGCACAGCCAGUGAGGGGCCUGCCAGGCCCACCGCCACCACACACGGUGCCACCCGCCCCGCCCCCCCGACGAGCUCAGCUCCCGGGCCCACCAUGGCCCCUCAGCCGUCCACAACCAAGACAGGAACGUACCAAGUCUUCAAUGGAAGCAGGCUCUGUAUCAAGGCGGAGAUGGGGCUGGAGCUGAUGGUCCAAGAGCUGGACACGGUUUUUUCACCCAAGAGUUACUUCAGCAUCGACCCCAACACAACCCAAGUCUCUGGGAUCUGUGGCUUCCGGAAAUCCAACCUGCUUCUGAAUUUCCCCGGGGGCUUUGUGAAUCUCACAUUUACCAAGGAUGAAAACUCUUACUACAUCAGCGAAGUGAGAGCGUAUCUGACCAUUUCAAAUCCAGAGAAGAGUUACUCGGGGAUGAAGAGCUCCCUGAUGAUGUUUGAGGCCGUGCUCGGGCACUCCUUCAAGUGUGUGAGUGAACAGAGUGUCCAGCUGUCACGCCACCUCCAGCUGAAAAUGAUGGACACCCAGCUUCAAGCUUUCGAUUUCGAAGGAGCCCACUUUGGAAAUGUGGAUGAGUGCUCAUCUGACUACACGGUGGUGCUGCCGGUGAUUGGGGCCAUCGUGCUGGGGCUCUGUGCCGUGGGGCUGAUUGUCUACGGAAUCCGUCUCAGGCGUGAGUCAUCCGGAUACCAGAGAAUCUAA